UUGUGUGAAUGGCCCGUCCCCCUGCUUGCCUGAGUGCUCCACUCCCAUCUCUUAAACACAUAUUCGAACUUGCAGUUUGGCUGCUUCUUUUCCCUCACUGCAUGUCUGCCUGCCUUGUUUUAUUUUGCUCCUGCUAUGGCACAAAAUGCUUGAUCUUCUGAGUGGAAAAGUCAGCAGCAAAAUGCAACCUCCUGUUGUUACGGCUCAUGACUGCUCUCUCUUUUUGUGCUCUUUCAAGCAAAGCAAAGCUGCUGUGAGACUGAAAGAAGAUAUGAAAAAAGUGGUUGCGAGGCCUGGCAGAGGACAGCCAACCGUGCCAUACAGGAAAGUGUUCGGAGUGCCCCUCAGAGACCUGCACAAAGAGGGUCUAGUGGUCAACGGCGUGCCCGCGUUGGUGUGGAAUGUGGUGGAGUAUUUGCGAAGCGAGGGGGUGACCCACGAAGGCCUUUUCAGGGUUAAUGGAAACGUUAAAGUAGUUGAACAGUUGCGGCUGAAAUAUGAAAGUGGUGAGCCGUUGACUUUAUCAGAAGAUGGAGAUGUCUAUUCUGCUGCCAGCCUGCUGAAGCUGUUCCUACGUGAAAUGCCAGAUGGAGUAAUCAGUGCAGCCUUGCUUCCCAAGUUUAUUCAUAUAUACCAAGAGACGGGAAGUGAUGCACAAAGAGAAAAUCGACUAAAGGAGCUGAUCCAUGAAUUGCCAGAUACUCAUUAUAGCCUGCUGAAGUACCUCUGCCACUUUCUGACUCAAGUAGUGGAGCGACAUGCCGAAAAUAAAAUGAAUAUCUACAACCUGGCUACUGUGUUCGGACCAAACUGUUUCCAUGUGUCUCCAGGCUUUGAGGGCAUGAAGCAGCAAGAAGUAUGCAAUAAGAUUGUGGCAAAGUUGUUAGAAGAUUAUUCAAAGUUCUUUGAAUGUGAGCAAACAGAAAAUGAUGGCUUAUGUGAAGAUAUGGCCCGAAUAAUUACAGUAAAGGAAUUUAUUUCAGAUAAGCAGUUGCUUCCAACAAGGUCUGCUGAAAUUGAGGUUCCUUCUAUAUCUCCACGAAUAAUGGUGCAUUCACUGGAACAGCCAUUGAAGACCAGUAAUAUUGAUCUAGACAGCCCUAAUCUAUCGCCAAGAUUAAAGGAUGACAUUUUAUCACGACCAGGAAAUCGUUCUAGUAGUGUUCCCUCUCCAUUGCCAAGAAAGGUUAGCAAACAGAAUACUGGAAAACGACUUCAGGAAUUUGAGGUGCCUGUGCCAAAGCAAUCAGAUGGGAUCCCCCAGGCAAGCUUGGUGGUUGCAGACAAAGAGGGCUCUGCUGAAAUCAUGGACCUGAUGGAUAAUUUAAUAACCAGCAGCAAUGAAUCUCUGCCAAGCUCUCAGGAAGAUGAACGGCCCAUGUCCCCCUUCUUCAUGAGUGUGUCCCAGGUCAGCUCUGUCCCUGCUGGUAGAGAACUUUUGGAGAGGACAAUCAGGACUGCUGUGGAGCAACAUCUUUUUGAUGUUCUUGGUCCUGGAAGUCAAAGUUCAGAGGAAUCCGAGUCUGGCACAUCAUCACCUUCCACAAGCCUGUCUGCAAGGCAGAGGCGAAGACAUCUGAAAGAGCAAGAUGAGAGUCGAAAAAAGCCCAGAGACAUGGAGAUGAUUAACAAGGAGAACAUCCCUUCUGGGUGUGGUGGCCUCGAGGACUGUGGACUGUUGCAGGAAGUGGAGAAACUUCAGGAUAAUUGCUCUGGUUACAUUGAAGAGAGAAGCAAGCCAAAAAGACAGAAAUCCAGCAGCAAGCUUUCUGAACUCAAUGAUAAUCAGGAAAGUACACUGAGCACAGAAAGCUUUGUCGCCUCUAAAGUUGUAGACCGACAGGAAUUUGCUGGAAUGGAAGUGUUGUCAGAGCCCAGCAAAGAGAAUGAUCAUGAUAAAGAGAGCUUGCGAUUACCACCGGCUGUAAAAAUGAAGAUUCAGGAGCAGCAAAACAACACCGAAGUAAGACCACAAAGAAGCCUUGAUGUUGACGUUGGUCAGGAGGGCUUUGUCCCAGAGGUACCUCGUCUGGACCUCACCUCUCUUUGCGAUGACAACAGUUGGGAAGAACCAGCUCCAGUUGUAGCCACUUGGGAUCGUGAUGGUGCAGAAUCGGAUGAAGCACGUCUGUCUCCCCAGGCCGGCCGCCUAAUACGUCACCUUCUUGAAGCGGAUAGUGAUCCUAUGUUAUCUCCUCGCUUUUACGCAUAUGGGCAUAGCCAGCAGUACUUAGAUGACACAGAGGUGCCUCCAUCGCCUCCUAACUCGCACUCUUUUAUGAGCCGUAGACGUAGCUCUUCCCUGGGAUCACAUGAGGACGACCGGGAGGAGGACCUGACACCUGCACAGAUUACUCGCAAAAUUCAGAGUCUAAAGAAGAAAAUCCGCAAGUUUGAGGAAAGGUUUGAAGAAGAACGGAAAUACAGGCCUUCACAUCGUGACAAAGCUACAAAUUCAGAAGUUCUAAAAUGGAUGAAUGAGCUGACCAAGUUCCGGAAGCAGCUUAAAGAGUCCAAAAUCAAGCUGUCUGAAGAAGAUGUGGUUCCACAGGUGAGACAGCGAAGCAAUACGCUCCCAAAAAGUUUUGGUUCCCAGCUUGAGAGGGAGGAAGACAGAAAGCCAGAGGUAGAAAAGGCAGCCAAGCCUUCCAUAGAAGCUACAAUGGAAACCAUUCAGAAGAAGCUGCAGGAAAAGAGAUCUGAGGUUAACCGUCCAGAAGAUAUAAAGGAUAUGACCAGGGAUCAGAUUGCAACUGAAAAAGUGUCACUUCAGAAAGCCUUGCUGUACUAUGAAAGUGUUCACGGCAGACCGGUAACAAAGUGCGAGAGGCAGGUGAUGAAGCCAUUGUACGACAGAUAUAGGCUGUUCAAGCAAAUCCUGUAUCGAGCAAAUACCAUACCAGUUAUUGGAUCCCCCUCGAGCAAGCGGAGAAGUCCUUUGCUGCAGCCAAUAAUCGAGGGUGAAACCGCAUCCUUCUUCAAGGAGGAGGAAGAAGAAGGAUCUGAAGAUGACAGCAAUGUGAACAAUGAUUAUGCAGUAACUAUGAAGCCAGGUUUCAGUGUACGAAGCUUCUUGGAUCAACUUGAGGAUGAAGCUGAUGGUUUUGUGUCUCCAGUUGAUGACAAAACCCCAUCGAAAAGUACUCUAGAGCUCGGGCUGGGCAACCUUCAUGCUGCAUCUGUGCCAGAACUUAUAGAACAACUACAAGAAGCAAGGGAAGAGAAAAAAAAGAUCAGGAAGAAACUCCGAGAUUUUGAAGACAACUUUUUUAGGCAAAAUGGAAGAAUUGUUCAAAAGGAAGAACGCACUCCAAUGGCAGAAGAGUACAGCGAGUAUAAACAUAUGAAGGCCAAAAUCCGGCUGUUGGAGGUCCUAAUAAGCAAACGAGGCUCUUCACAGACAGUGUAACAAGUCGUCUGGAGUCAUUUUCUUUUAUCUGAGGAUUCAAAUCACUGAGAAUGGAUGGAUUGCCCAGUGGAGCUCACCUGUCUGAAUGUGUUGAACUUGGCCUAUAAAGCAGACAAUGCUAGAAUGGAAGAAGGCCAGUUUAAAUUGCACAAGGUGGCUUGAAUGAUGUCCUAAUCUUUCUUGGCUGGUUGGGAUAAGAGGCCCAAUACACUCCAUAUCAAAGGUACGAAUUACAAUAAAAACAAUAUCCAGCCAUUGGACCUCAAAGGAAAGGUGGGAUCUGCAGUCCAGUUCUUCUCUUUCUGCUACUUUAAUGAACCAGAACUCCAAACUUCUUUGGUCAAUGACCUCCCAGCAGUGAUCCUACACUGGUUCAAUUAUACUGAUGGCUUGUCCGAAUAAGGAAGGUUUUGGACGAGAACCUGUGUUCUAAGGAAAGAUCUAAAACUCUAUAUCUAGGACAAGUGAAUACCUCAUUUUAACACUACUUGGUUCUUUGUCAGUGACACUUGUCAUUAUCUGUGGUAUCUGAUAUUGAACAGCCUUGCAUUGGAUCUUUAUAGAACCAGAACGUCAUGUUUGAAAAGCAGCAGAUGAAGAAGACAAAAGACAUUCAAAUGAGCAGUUUCUGAUAACUAGCUCAUGCCAACUGCUUUGGUAUCUAAUGAACAGUUUUUACUGAUUGACCUUUUGCUACCAAUCAUGUCAGUUAAUGGUAUGACAUAAUGAUUAAUGUCUUUGGGGUUACUAGAUCUGCCUGCCCCCUACCCUUUUUUCUGCAGCAUGCACUUUCUUCUUUUUACUACAACUGUAAUUUAUGAUGUUGCCCCAUUUCUCCGGUAAGACUUCAUGCUUUAAUCCGACUUCUGUGAUCCACCAGUAGAAACUUAUUACAAUGUAUUUUCUUGUCCUCUUGCAUUUCAUGUGACCUUCUAAAUCGCCAGGGCUCGAUCUGGGAUCACUCUGGGAUACCAGCAGCUUUCGGCUUGAACUUUAUUAUUCAAGAACUUAACUGCUCCAGUUCUACCGUCUUUAAUCUCAACACUGUGGACUCUUUAUGUACCAAAAAAGAUAUGACCACUCCAUACAAGACUUUACUAGCUCAUGAGAAUGAUCACAGCUCAUAUUAAAUUUGUUUGUAUGGAAAAGUAUUACAAAAAAGGUUGAGCUUGAGUACAAUUUUUACGUCAUUUUGAGAGUAGGGUAACCAACAAUUUUUAAGUGUCUGAUGCUAGAACUAUGAUAUGAUAAUGGCCAACCUGAUUUAACCAAAUUGCAUAUCAUACAGUAGAAAUGAGUCUACCUUUUUGUGGUACAGCAUUGGUUAGGAAGCUUCUGUUUUGAAGCAUUGAUACCUUUCACAGAAACUGUCUGCCAUCUAUGUCACGUAUAGUAAUGGUACAGGAGCCUUUGUUUAAUGGGGCAAAGUGCAAUAACCCAUUCAAAAAGGUAUUGGAGAUCAUCUUUGAUUAGACUACAAUAAACUGCUGAAUUGGAUUGUCGUGGGUUACAGCAUACAAUUUUUGGUACUAGGUUUUAAAACAAAGGCAGUCGUGCAUUAAAAACAAAAAAAAAGGUUCUUUUGCAACUCACUUUCCUAGUGGAUGCUAAGCUUGCUAUUUAACUUGUUUCAAGAAAAACAUUUUUUCUAAAUUUGAACACCGUUCAUUGGCACAUUUGGAAAGCAUAAUUGAUAAAUCCCAAACUACAAAGUCCUGCUGUUCUGUAUUGGUAAUGUUAGCAGCACAGGGUAUUGAUCAGUUUUACGAUCACGUAGCUAGCAUUCUAUUAUAUGUUAUGUACACUUUCAGUUGAAAACUUCUAAUUGUCUUAACACUACAAUGUUAUAAACGCUUACUAUUGCAAGCUCCACAUUUUAACCACACAAUUCUAUACAUUCAAGUCCCAAAUGUAACUACGAAAAAAUGCUCUGGUCAUUUCACAAAGUGAAUUUUAAUAAACCGUUUGCAUUGUUCUGGAUAGCCCAAACACCCCCCUCACCUUCACCCCUGUAAAAUAGUGAACAUGCGUUGCAUAGUAUUUUCAGUGGUAUGCGUUUUUUAAGCGUGGUAGCUUUAUACAGUUUGUGAAGAAAGUAUUAAAUCUAUUUUCUAGUAUAAGCAGCAACUUUAUAACUGAGUUGUAGGAUUGGUGCAUCCAACCAGCUUCCAGUGAUGCCAGUAUGCUGUGACUCACAGUGAUUGUCUUAUCACAUUUAAAUAUAAUGAGUCUCAUGGACACAGAUGCGUGAGGCUAUAAAAUGUAAAUUGCGGGCAAAUUUUCAUGCCCGGCAGACACUACUUCUGCGUUCAGCCAUAUAUGGUAAUGAAUAGCUGUGCGAGGGCAUAUGCCGUACCUACAUAAACACAUGGAUGGGCGUAAAUCUCUGAAUGUAGCUUGUGAAGCGGUUUACAUCCAUGCAAGUGUUUAGGCAAGUACAGUGUAUACCUGUGUACAGACAAUCAUUACUAUGGCCGUCUGUAUACUACAGUUUUGUCUACCAAGUGCGGAAACAGGCUCGCAAUUCACGCUAUACGGCCACAUGCGCCUGUGUGCAACGAGGCCUUAGAGCGUGGCCUCUACAGCAUAACAAUAUAUUUUUUGAAGUCUGUGGAGUACCAGAGCUGACUUCAGUGAGUGAUCCAAAGCUAGUUUCCCUAGUAACUGUUUGCAGUGCCUACAGAUGCAGAGCUCACUACAAAAUCAUGCGAAGGCAAUCAUUCUGCAUCCCAUUAAAGCAAACCAUCCAAGCAUAUCAUAGUCUGGAGACAAAGGUUGCUCUUCACUACCUUCACAAAAAUAUCCAUUUUUAUUUUGUUUUGUUUUUUACACUUUUUUACACCUUGAAAAAUAGCAGCAUGGUAAUAUCAUUAGAUAUGCGGUUCUGCUAUUUUUUAAGCCAGCUCCUCCAUUUCAAUAUAGUUUGAUUACAGGUUGGGUUUGCUUUACUGAGCACAAUGGAUGAAUUUUUAAGGAAGUCUCAGGUAGAUGUCUUAUCACUGUGCUUGAAUCCAUUAGGCUGUAUACGUAUAAACACUAAUCGGUGACCGACAAUCUUAAACACAUGCUGUAUGUAAGGUGUUUCUAAGUGACCGAUGUCUGCAAAGAAACACUCAUUUGUAUUAUUGCAAAAAGCGAAUACGAUGUACAAAUACGAUAGUUGGGUUUCCGUUGAAUUCUGAAUACUUGAUGUGGGUUAUUGCACUUUGCACACUGUUUGCCUUGUUGAAUAAGCUUGAUUAUUCUGUAUAUGCAUAUGUUGGUGGUGAUGGGAAUGAUAAUUGCACUUAAAGUUGUUUUCUAAAAGCAAGUGGCUUCUUAUUCAAGUAUUUUUGGAGAAAAAAAAUAGAAACUCAGUAUGCAAAAGAAUAUUUGCAAUUUUUUAUGUCUAGAAGCUAUUUUAAACCACUGGUCUUCUAUUAAUCUUAAUGAUCUCCCUUUUUGGUUUAUUUUUUUAGCACCCUUAAUGUUAUAAUGGUUUAUACCAACAAAAUGAUGCUCAGCAUGCUAGAAUAGCAUAGUUUGAUUGAUCAUAAAAAUUCAGCCUUUGAGUGCUCUGGAAGGCCAGCACUAAUGAACACUGUACACAGCAAAGCUUCCAUUAGGUCAGUGCUUUUGCUCUUGGGCCACCUUCAUUCAUGACUAUAGUUUGUCUUUAAACCAGAGAUCCUUCACAUAACCAGCUACGCCGUCAAAUGCUGCCUAUGUCUUCUUUUUUUUUUUUUUUUUUUUUAAGAAUGUGGUUGGAACCAUUGCCACAGGGCAGCUAUUGGUACAGGAGACCGCACUGCUGUACUUGUAGCUUACGUUUUACAAUCUCUAUUCUUUUUCUACAUUUUAAACCAUGGGGCCAAUUUUUACUGCACUGUCCCCCUUUUCUCCUUGGCCGUAAAUUGUUAAAACUAGCAAAAAAAAAGUCAAGCAAAUGUGCAGCGUAGCAAGAUGGGAAAAUAUAGUUUAUACAUGCAAGUUUUUAGGCUCAGUACUGUUUAUUUGCAAUCAAUGCUUCUAAACACGUUUUUUAAAAGUGGCCAGACCAAUAUUUGCCAUAUUGAAAGUGUAUAUGCACAGUCGGCAGUCGGAGGUAAUCGUAUUUCUCUUUCAACACUGCGGCUUCCAGACAUUACUGCAGCAUAAACCUAGGAGCUAGGGAAAUUUAAAUGCCCAGCUGUCUGAGCAUUGGUUUAUUGGUUUGGCAUACUUUCGCUGGUAACUGCAAUAUUUCAAUUUGAUGGUUUGAGGUUUUGGGAGCUGGGGUAUCUUUUUAAUUGAAUGAAAUGUUCUUUUUUACAUCUGAAUACUUCAGUUCUCGUCUCAGCAUACCACCAACAGUGCAAGUUUUCCAGCUAAAUCAAAAAUAAAAGAAUUCAAGCACUAACACCACAUUUUUGUUGCUAAGUUAGUCAUCACAUCUUGGUGCCACUCAAGAGUAGGAACUCGCUGAGCAGUUUAUCCUAAUACUCACCUAAUUAGACAUUUAUUUUCACAGUAACCAUGCAGAGACUCAACCUACAGAAGACCAUCCAUGUCAGGGACCAGAGCUGUUCUUGCUCUGAUGAGAAAGGAACGCUCAUAAAUAUUAGGUAGUGCAUAGAUGCCACACGAUGCCUAGUAACAACUUGCAACUUUUGUUGUUUUUACUGUAGGUUUAAACCUGAUUCGGCCAAUAUAGGCACUUUUUAUUUCACAAUAUGAUAAAUGAGGCCCACUCAAAAUCUAUACUAGACAGAUUGGUAUUCAUUUAAA